AAUUGUUUUGUGCCGUCAUUUUUCUUGGGUAACUUUCUUCCUCUUCUUCAAACUCAUGACGAGGAAGUUUGAGUGCAACUGUAUAUAUCCUCGGGCGCGUUUUGCUGGCAACACGACAGAGACCUUUUCAAGGAAAGGGGUUCUCUUUCGACUAAUCACACCCUCGAAGAAAUCAUUAGAGACGAAAAGCUACCUGGUAGAAACUUAGUCAUAAAUCCUACCCGGAACUUUGAGUCAUUCUUGCCAGAUAUAACACUUCAACUAUCUACUUGCCCACAUAUAAUAUUGAAGGAAGGAGACAACAACGACAAUGGUGAGAGGGGUCGUAAUCUUGCUCGUGGUCGCUUCAUUCGUCGACCACCUGCGACCAACACAAGGGAAAUCCCUACUUCCUCGUGUUGACAAGCAAGGCGAUACUACUGGACUUCUGUCAGCACUGGGAACGAUACGCCGCCGGCAUGGUCUGAGAAAACAGGGGGACAGACCGGUGCUCGUCUCGGCUCUGGGCCCUUCCCCCGUCCACCCUCCCCGCCACCACGACCGGUACCUCUCCCAGCCACCCGUACCUGUCGACAACCCGGGCAUCGAGCGGUCCAUGUGCAAGUGGAGGUAUGAAGACAACGUUGAGCCGAACCGUUUCCCGUCGACGCUGAAGGUGGCCGUGAAGGAGUACACGGGUUCCCGGUGCCGCGACCCCGCCACGGGGGCGCCUCGGGCCGACCUCGCCUGCCUCCCGAUAGACUACGAGCUGAACGUCCUGCGGAAAAACAGCGAGGGCGAGUGGCAAGAGUCGUACGAGUUCGUCACUAUCGGCUUCACGUGUGCCGGAUCGGAGCCUCGCUAGUGUUUGUACUAGUGGCGUCUAUCCAUCACGGAUCUUCAUUUCAUAUAUCAUUCUUUUUCAAAUCUCUCUUAACCAUUUUGCUUUAAUGAAAAGUGUAACCUUAAAGUAGAAAUUAUCAAAAUUAGUUCUUCCUAAU